UCACUGCCCGAUCUACCCAGCGACGACACCUGGAACAUGGCACGCAUCAGCCGCGAUCCAUCAACCGGCGCUCUCGCAACAAAGUUAGAGAGGAAGAAGCUGCCCGCAGUCGAGGAUACCUGGCACCCUAAAUCAAUUGACUACCUGAGUCUGAGCCGCGUGAAACAACUCACUGCGAAUACAUUCGAAGCGACCUGCUCGGACCAGGACCUUGUCACCGGCACAGGCAUAGGCACAGACACAGUCAUUGCCAAAAUCGCGCGCUUUUAUUGUGAAAUCCCUCGCAUGGCGCAGGAGACUCGCAUCUAUAAGAGUCUAGAAGGAACUGGUCUUGCGCCACGGUUCCUGGCCCAUGUCCAUGAGCACGGUCGGGUGAUUGGGAUCUUGCUGGAGAAGUUGGGAGGUCGCGAAGCGGGGAUUGAGGAUUUGAUGGUUUGUCAAUCGGCUCUCGGGCGUCUUCAUGAUAUUGGGAUUUGUCAUGGAGAUGUCAAUAGGUAUAAUUUCAUUGUUCAGGGCAAUACGGCAAGGUUGGUUGAUUUCGAGAGGAGUCACAUAUGUCCUGAUGCAGCGUCUUUGGAAGACGAGAUGGAGAGUCUAGAUGAUCAAUUGAGAGAGAGUACAGGACGGGGUGGAGGAUUUCGGUUCGCUGAAGGAUGA